AUGGCGACCAACAUAAGCGUCUGUGGCCGUUGCAAGCCGGGUGGGAGCAUGCUGCAAACGAGGCGGCUACGGGCCGCGAAGGCCGCACUGGAGCUGGCGCGCUGCCGCAACGCCAAGCUGCCAGAGAGGCUAAGCCAGAUUUGCGCCGAGGGUCAGGCGUGGAUACGCGUCGCCAAGAGCCACAAGGCUGUCGCUGCGGGCCUCCAAGCUACACUCGACCAGCUCCUGCAGUCCCCUUGCGCUGCCGUCGCAUCCACCAGACCGGAUGAAGAGAUCGACGCCGAGGAUGCACCCCCGCCGGCGACGACGCUGCAGCUUCCAAGCGUCGGCGGCGGCGUGCAGGGCUUGGGCGAGGGCGAGUCGUGCGUGUUGCUGCUGCCGUGCAGGCACCUGUGCCUCUGCAGCGCCUGCGACGCCGUUGUGGACACUUGCCAGUUGUGCGCGACCAUGGCGAAGAGCGAAGGUGAGGCAAACAUGGAACACCGACCAGGGAGCUAGCGGAGAGACAUGCGUUGCGAACGCAGUUCGGAGGUGGGGCAACACGUGGUUUUGGGUCUGGUGUGUUAUUCUUCUCAACUCUUUCAGAUAUAGUUGUCUCAAUCACUCUGACUGCAGAUGGCAUGUUCGAGAGGAUGGGAGGAGGAACGAUUUUGUAGUGGAAAUUUGGUUAGGGAUGGAAAGAGAUUUGGGAGAUAUGUUACUCGGAGCAACAAAUUUUGUAGUGAUUAUUUUUCGGAAAUGUUA